AUGAGUACCGAAAAGUACCACGGGAAAGAAAGCGCUAAAAUUAGCACUUUUCGUAGGCUUCAAGUUUCCAUGGGAAAACUGCAAAACCGCUUCUCUCUUUCGGCAGCAACAAAAGAAGCUGUAGAUAGUAAUGAUUUUGAUGAAGAAGAGAAAAUGGAAGUGCCAACCAUUGUACCAGAUGAUGUGAAGGAAGGGCAUUUCGCAGUUUUCGCAGCGAAGGGUGCCGAGAAAAAGCGGUUUAUUGUUAAGCUUGAGUGCUUAAAUAGCCCUACGUUUCUGAGGCUCCUUGAGCAGGCUGAGGAAGAAUAUGGUUUUGAACAAACUGGAGCUCUUGUGGUCCCUUGCAGACCUGAGGAAUUACACAGGAUUUUAGGAAGACAUGAUCAAGGAGAUCAAAUAGGGAUAUUAGGCCGCUAA